CGGGACUGUGUAACCAUGUAGCUGUGUUGUCCUGUCUCUCUGUCCUCCAGACCUGGACUGUGGUCCCCCUCUGCAGGUGAAGCAUGCAGAGCUCCAGUUCUCCUCUACGUUGCCAGGCUCCAUGGCGCUGUACGUGUGCCACCCAGGAUACACCCCCAUGCCCAGGGCCACCCAGAGCAUCUGUGGGGGGCAGGGGGCCUGGAGCCAACCUCCUGUCUGCCAGGAGAUCAACGAGUGUUUGUCCCAGCCUUGUCUGAAUGGAGGGACAUGUCGGGACAGGGUGGCGACCUACCAGUGUGCAUGUGACCAAGGCUUCAGUGGAAACCACUGCCAGACAGAUGUGGAUGAGUGUGUGUCGGAGCCCUGUAAGCACGGAGGAACCUGUGAGGAUCAGCCUGGAUCCUACUACUGUCACUGCCAGCAGGGUUUCAUGGGACGAGACUGUGAAAUAGAGCAGGACGGGUGUGAGUCCAGCCCCUGUCUGAACGGCGGUGUGUGUCGUGGCUACAGGCGAAACCACCUGUGUGUCUGUAGAGAGGGUUUCUUCGGGGAUCGUUGCCAGUCGUUGGACAAUCCCUGUGUACUGCAGCCGUGUGGGAACAGAGGUCUCUGCCAGAGCAACAGGAGAGGGAACUACAGCUGUACUUGCAGAGUGGGACACACAGGCAAGGACUGUGAGAGAGACCUGUUGCCUCCCUCUGGUCUGCAUGUAUUACGGGUGGAGGAGGAUGAGGUGGAGCUGCACUGGGACCUGCCGGCCCCUUCCUCUCAGAGCCUGUUCAGUGGCUUCGCUGUGACCUACGCCCCUCUGGGUCUCCCGGGCCGUGGCAGCGGAACCAGGAAGACCGACUUCCUGGACAAGAAGCAGUCCACCUAUCAGCUGCAGGGCCUGGUGCCCGGCCUGCUAUACAACAUCUCUACCUUCUCUGUGAAACGAAACACCAACAGCAACGACAUCAGUCAGCCAGCCAUCGCUCUCAUACGCACCCGGCCGCGGCGGGUGGACCAGCUGCAGGUCGUCAACAUAACUUCCUCCCAGGUAUGGCUGAGGUGGCUGCUGCAGGCUGCUCAUCACGCAGCUGUCAGCCAGGUGCGCCUCUCCCUGGUCCCCCUCAGACGACAGUGGAUCUCGCCCGCCCUGGUCUUACCAAGCACCACGGAUGGCAUUUCCAGGUAUGGGAACCGCCCUGGUCCCAGCACCAGCACCACGGAGUACGCAUUCAGGGUAUGGGAACCGCCCUGGUCAACACCAGCACCACGGGUACGCAUUCCAGGUAUGAGGAACCGCCCUGGUCAGCACCAGCACCACGGAUGCGCAUUCAGGUAUGGGAACCGCCUGGUCAACACCAGCACCACGGAGUGCGCAUUCAGUUCUCUGCUCCCUGGUCAGAUGUACACGGUGGACGUUCUAACUCAGAGUGGUAUCAGACCAGACGAGUCGCCCUCCACCAGUCACUCUGCUGGACCUCUGCAAGUCUGGACAC